CAGAUUGACUUCCAAGAACGCAUUUAGUAACUGUUACUGUAACACAGAGGCCUAUAUACUAAAGUAUAGUGUUCCCCGCUUACUGGAAAUCCUAUCUAAAUUCAAUCGACACCUCGUGAUAUUCUUCGUUGCAGCUUUGAAUAAAGUUAAUGCCGAAAUGCCCGACCAUGUUGAGGACAAGAACUCUCAGCCUAUCAAUGAAGGAGACUUGAUAUGGACCAAGAUGCGAGGGGGGAAACGCGAGGGCGAGGUAGACAAAAUUGUGACUACCCAGGCGGAAGCGGAAGAAUCGAACGUAAAGAACCCACCAAAGGUACUUUUCAAAGACCAACAUGGCCACAAUGUUGCACACAAUCCUGGGACGUUGCAGCGUAAGGAGUAGAUCUGGCUAGAUUAGGAAAUAGCUUCAAAUAUUACAUGGUCUAUUUCCAUCCCAAUGUUACAGAG